GUGACUGAUGCUGGGAUCUCUCCGCCGCCGCGAGUUCUCGCGCCCCCCAAAUUCCGCAACGAUUGGUACGCUCAACUACCCUCAAACCCAAGCUCCGGUUCGCCACGGGUUGCACGGAGAAGCUUCAACAUCGCGGCACAUCAAUUGGUUGCAUCGCGUUUACGUCGAGGUUCCCCGCCACGCCGACGACUCCAUCCUGCUACAGUCACAAGACGGGUCCUAAAACAGCACCGGCGACGCUCCGUUCCGUCGACCAACAUCAGAUUCAGACAAGCGGAAGGGUGUGAACUGGGAGAGGACCAUUUUCUGGCUCAAUUGGCCGCCUUGCGACGCGUGUUCUCUCUGCAGACCACAUCGCUUUUCCUCACCGAUUCGUCUGGGCCUGGGGCACGAUGAAUUGGCUCCUGAACCUCGGCGUGCUCGCCGUCGUGCUCCCAUCACUGUACAUCUACACCGUGUCGGUGGUCUCGGCGCGCUUUCCUGUCCUGCGCAACAAACGCAUCUGUCUUCUCAUUGCGCACCCUGAUGACGAGGCCAUGUUUUUUGCACCCGCCGUCAUGGCUCUUGCCAACCCAGAAACGGGCAACCAUGUCAAGAUUCUCUGUCUGAGCAGCGGCAAUGCUAAUGGCCUCGGGGAAACGCGGAAGCGAGAGCUUGCAAAGUCUGGCUUGAUUCUCGGCUUGCGCAAAGCCGAUGACGUUUUUGUCGUGGACAAACCCGAGUUUCCCGACAGCAUGACGACGACGUGGGAUAGCUCCAGUAUCUCAUCCCUUCUCUGUACAGCCUUCGCUCCCGACCUUUCCCGGUCGCGCAGCAGAGAUGCAGCUCCAACCGCCGCCAUUGACGUGCUCAUCACCUUCGAUGCCGGCGGCGUCUCAGGCCACCCGAACCACAUUUCCUUAUACCACGGCGCCAAGGCUUUUAUUGCGGCGCUGGUGGCCGGCAAGCCGGGUUGGCAAUCGCCCGUUGACCUUUACACCCUGACAACGGUGCCCCUAUGGCGGAAAUACGUUGGCUUCUUGGAUGUGCUGGCCACACUGAUCAGCUGGGCUAUCGGCGCCGAUAAGAAGGACAAGCAACACCCUGGGGGACUGGUGUUUCUCAAUGGAUUGGCUGGGCACGGCAGCGUCACGACUGCGUGGAAGGCCAUGGUAUCGGCGCACAAAAGCCAAAUGGUCUGGUUCCGGUACGGGUGGAUCUCUCUGAGCCGAUACAUGUACAUCAAUGAUCUGAGGCUGGAAAGGGUCAAGGGUCGGUGACAGAAGCUUGUGGUAAAAGGAUUGCCAACGCAGUGACCUUGAGAAGAGUUACCGUUAUUCUAGAGCCCACCCCGCUUCGCAGAGAGGGGGAAGGAGAGAAGAACACGAGGCGUAGCUCAUUUCGAAUGUGAACAUGCAUAUACACAUC